ACAUUCCCUUCUUCCAGUGAGUGGUUGCUGGUCCUGUUUGAAUGCUCUCCUGUGUUUUAGCAGCUCCUUCCUUUGCAGGGUGCAAAAGUCAGAUGUAGAUAUGGAUUAAGAAAUCAAACUAUUUGGAGUUUCUGAGAUAAGACUGUCACUAGGAGGUGAUGGUGGAGAGGUGAGAAGGGCAGACUUUGGACCCACUUCACUCGCUCCUCUUUGCCACCGGCUGCAGCGCCUCGGUUUGUCUCUCUCUUCUUUCGUGGAAAACAUGAAGAUUAAUUUUGCCCCGUUGGAAACGCCCUUGCACAGGAGACUGCAGACAGCUGCAGUGGUGCAGUGGGUCUUCUCCUUCAUUGGCCUGGCACCCACCUGCGUCUUCCUGUUCUUUUACCUGCUCUUCACUCGCUUCUGGCUGAUCAGUGUGCUGUACUCCGUCUGGUGGUUCUUUGACUAUGACACUCCUUCACGUGGAGGCCGCAGGGCGCCCUUCUUGUGUGGCCUCAAAAUUUGGGAAUACAUGCGGGAUUACUUCCCCGUCAAGUUGGUGAAGACAGCUGACCUAGAUCCCAAACACAACUACAUCAUGGGCUUCCAUCCCCAUGGCGUGCUGGUGGCAGGAGCCUUUACCAACUUCUGCGUCUAUGCUACAGGCUUCAGACAGCUGUUUCCUGGCCUCACCAGCUACAUGCUCAUGCUGCCCCUUUGGUUCAGAUGCCCGUUCUUCAGAGACUAUGUCAUGUGUGCAGGUCUUAUUCCUUCACACAAAGAGAGCGCCACCUAUCCGCUAUUCAAAAGAGGCGGCAAUGCUGUUGUAAUAGCAGUCGGUGGGGCCCCUGAGGCCCUUGAUGCCCACCCUGGGACCUACAAUGUACUAUUGGCUAAUAAGAAAGGCUUCAUCAAGAUGGCGAUGGAGCAUGGUGCUCAUCUGGUGCCAGUCUUCUCCUUUGGAGAAAAUGAAGUGUUUGAUCAAGUGAAAAACCAAAGAGGAACCUGGCUUCGAUGGAUACAGGAGCGGCUGCAAAGCAUCAUGGGUAUCUCCUUGCCUCUUUUCCAUGGACGUGGCAUCUUCCAGUACUCCUUUGGUCUCAUGCCCUACAGAAGACCCAUCAAUACAGUUGUUGGAAGGCCAAUUAGGGUGGAGAGGAAGGAGAAGCCAACAGUCGAGGAACUUGAUGCCCUCCACCAGCUGUACAUGGAUGAACUCAGCAAUCUGUUUGACGAGCACAAAGGCAACUACGGAGUGGAUAAGGACACGCACCUGAACUUUGUCUAAACUGGACUGAUGAUGGAGUGGAUUUGAAUGCAUAUUUAUUUGUUAAGCUCUGUUGCUGCAGUCAAAGAAAAAAUGAUUAGCUCUGUUAACAUGACUUUGCUCUCAACUGGCCUGUUAAUUAAAGAUAAAUGGUUCUGCAACAAGACACACUGUUGUAUCUGUUCAUAUACGGGAUGAUUCAACGACCCUAUUAGAGAAAAGCAACCAGAAUAGAAAUGCUUAUGUAUCCAUUACUGAGAGCUUGCUGUUCAUUCAGACUCCUGUUGCUUUUCAGGGCAGUGUGGGAAAUGGUUCAGUGGGAUCACUAAUGACACAAGUUUUCCGCCAUCUCCCAGUGGUGGUAUCUGUCUGGCAUUCUGAUUUUGUGCAAGACCUGACACUUUCUUAAACAGAGUCAAUUUGGGUGAAUUUGGGUUGCAACAUUUGGAGACACUGUCGCAAAAAAUUUUUUAGGAUUUGGUGUCCAUCUGAAUGCUUUAAACUAUAAAAUAAAAACAUCUU